AGGAAACACUUUUUAAGAAAACAGGAAAACCUUCAGUUUUUUUGAAAACAAUAACUAAAUAAAAUUCGUGGCAAAAACUCAAUUUCAAACGCCUCUGUGACACCUUUUAUAUCUCUCCUUUUGCUGUCAUGUGUGGCGCGGAGAGUGACUUCCCUCUGUAAUUAACACAACACAAUAAAAUAGUGUCUUCUACUUCUAUGAACACAUGCCAAGCAGAAUACUUUGAAAAAAGAAAUAAUAAUUCUUUUUAAUGACAGGUGAAUAAUGCCGGUCUCGUGGACGUGUCAUCUCGUGCGAUACAAUUUAAGAAGGUGGUCUUUUUUGUUAAACUGCAAUGUUCUCCGCACCACUGGUUUCCCACAGCGACGAAGAAACUUGUCGACAUUUGAUUUCUCGUGGCUUCAUCCAAAUUUAAGUAUCGAUGCGCUUACUCUUGCUGUCUUUUACUGUUGGACGUAUGCUUUAAGCAAUCUAAAUCUUGUCUCAAAUCUACAGGCUAAACCGAUUCAGAAUAACACUGAACUAAAAAAAGGGUUUUUGUUGAGUCGAUUCCGUGGUGCGCAGAGCAUGCGCACUAACAAACUCAAGCAUGGCACUUCUUUCGUGUCUCAUUUCUCACGAGAGAAGAAAAUAGGAAACUUCUGCCCGCAGUCUGGUAUGGAGCUAUUACAAAGACUGAGGGUCUGAAUAUUAAUCCAUUAUCUUGACAGUAGUUUUAAAUAGAAGACUAACAACACGUUUUAUUUUGUUUUCUCAUAGGAACUACUGAAACUUGGAGAGAACCAUGUUAUCGUCGAUGUACAUUGGCUUUUCAGUGCUGUUCUCUAUAAUGAUGCUAGUUAACCUUGUUGGCAAUACGUUGGUGAUUCUAGUGGUGCUGAGAAACAGAUCCAUGAAGACACCCACCAACUAUCUGCUGAUCAAUCUUGCAAGUGCCGACAUGGUGGUCGCCAUUUUUAUUGGCAUACAGUUUAUAGCAACUCCAACUUUCACCCAUCCCCAGGGGACCGUAGGAUCUGCCUUAUGCAAGAUAAUAACUGGUGGUACCCCAGGGUGGGUUGGUGCAGUCGCCUCUGUGUUUUCUCUGGUUGCUAUAGCAAUCGAGCGCUACUGGGCGGUGUUGCAUCCCCAUAGCCAGAAAAUCAAACUCACAAAGACGAAGAUAAUCAUACUCGCCAUGCUGUCCUGGAUAGUGUCAAUCAUCUGGGCUACACCAGGAUUCUGGGCAACAACAUACAUCAAAGAAAUUAACGGAUGCGCGCACAGCUUUUCAAAACCCAUUUAUGCCAAGCUGUACACCGUUGGGUGGUCUGUGGUGGCAGGAGUCAUCCCCAUCAGCAUCAUGGGAGCCCUGUAUUUCAGAGUGGUGUAUCGACUGUGGUUUGUGAACAACGAAGCUGCUGAAGCCACACAGCGAUCGCUGCUCCGCUACAGGAAACGUGUCACAAAGAUGGUUAUAUUUGUGACAUUAGUAUAUGUACUGUGUUGGGUUCCUGAGUUGUUAAUAUAUUUUUUGGGUUUUACUGGUACUAUCACUCUUGAGGCUGUUCACCAUGCUAUUGCGUCCGCUUUGAUCGUGUUCAACUCAAGCAUCAACCCCAUUGUCUACAGUCUACAGAGCAGCAAGUUUCGGAAGCACCUGGGAGAGUUGAUUUGCUGCCGAAAGCGGAAUGUCGUUGUCCCUUUCAGCAACAGUGGGUUAAAGUUUGCAGGCAAGAAAGAUGACAUGGGGCAGGAGAUGCCGUCAGUUGCGCCCUCCGUUAAUGAUUAAUGAAGUGAAUGCUCAGUCAAUCAGUCAGUCAGUCAG